AUGCAUUUAUUUUAUGUCUUAACUUUGUUUUGCGCGGUGAAAGCCUUCGACCUUUUACCCAGGGGCCGUCCAGCAAAUGCUACCGAUGUGAAGGUCAUCACAUCCCCCGGUGGCGCGACGAUUCGCUACAAGCAGCCUGGGGGGUCUGGAAUGUGUGAGACAAUGCCAGGUGUGAACGAAUAUUCGGGAUAUGUGGAUCUGGAUAAUGCAACCCAUAUGUUCUUUAUUUUCGUGGAGGCAAGAAAAGACCCAGCAAACGCACCUUUGACGUUGUGGUUGAAUGGAGGACCUGGUUCCGAUUCUCUCAUUGCGUUCUUUCAGGAACUUGGACCGUGUAACGUGACGAAAGAGUUGAAGACGCAGCUUAACCCCUAUGCAUGGAACGAAGUGUCGAAUAUGCUCUUUCUUUCGCAGCCUAUCGGUGUUGGGUUUUCUUACUCUUUUAAGUCUUCAGACAGCUCUGGAACAUAUUCAGAGCUUGACCCCGCGGCGGCAGUUGGCACGACCGAUCAAGCUGCUGUCGCUGCAUGGCACGUCUUGCAAGGCUUCCUCGCCAACCUUCCGAAGCUAGAUUCAAAGAUCACCUCCAAAACAUUCAACCUAUGGACCGAGUCGUACGGAGGCCACUAUGGGCCAUCAUUUUACUCGCAUUUCAUGGACCAGAACGCUGCAAUCGCCAAUGGAACGCAAAAUGGCACCCAGCUUGUUAUGGAUACUCUUGGCAUUAUCAAUGGUAUCAUCGACGAGAAAAUCCAAGCCCCAUACUACCCCGAAUUCGCUGUCAAUAAUACAUACGGCAUUAAAGCAGUAAAUGAUACCGUUUACUCCCAAAUGAAAGCCGCCUACUAUGAUCCGGGUCAAUGCCGAGACAAAAUUGAUGCUUGCAGCGCUAGUGCGAAUAAAACCUCCCCAGAUGGUCUGAAAAAUUGCAGAUUGGCUGAGGCAAUCUGCAGAUAUAAGGUCGAAUACCCUUACUACGAUGUCAGUGGGCGUGGUACUUAUGACAUUCGCUACACAGGAAAAGAGCCUGACCCACCCCUGUAUUUUGUCGACUUUCUGAAUCUGGACAGCACACAAAAUGCCUUGGGUGUCAAUAUGAACUACACUAGCGAUUCAAGCGAUACGGUUGGUGUGAACUUUGAAUUAACCGGCGACUUCAUUUUUGAGACAAUGAUGGACGAUCUUGAGGACCUCUUGAAUAAAAAUGUCCGCGUUGCCCUCUUUUACGGCGAUGCUGAUUACAUCUGUAAUUGGUUUGGCGGCGAAGCUGUAUCGAUGCAAGUGAACUACACGCACAGCGCAGAUUUCCGCGCUGCGCCCUACUCACCAUUCAUGGUGGAUAACGUCGAAUACGGCAAAGUUCGACAACAUGGCAAUUUCUCCUUCACGCGCAUCUAUGAGUCUGGCCACGAGAUCCCCUACUAUCAGCCUAAGGCUUCUCUCGAGUUCUUCCGACGUGCUCUAGGCAAAAAGGCCAUUUCAGACGGAUUUGCAGAUGUUACGACGUCUUAUAGCACCAAUGGAACUUCGGGAACUGGUGAUAUUCAGUCUUCAUCUUCUGUAUCCCCGAGUGCCAGUUCGACUGGAGCUGCGGCAACAGCUUCGCCAUCUAAGAGUGCGGGAGACAGGAGAAUCAAGAUGUUUUGGAGAUGGGAUUGA